AUGCCAUUAACAGAAGAUAAUAUUCUUCUUAAUUUAUUAAUCGAAGAAAUAGCAACUAUUUUAUUAAAUGAUAUUGAAAUUGGUCGAUUAUCUAUUACAGCUCUUCAAUAUUUUUUAUUUUGUACAUACGAAAAAGAAAUACCUUUUGCGACACCAGAAUACGAAGUUUUUCGUUACAGUGCUAUUCUUGCAGCAAAGCAAAUUUCUGAUGAUACAUAUAAAGCUCUAAUGAAACAGUUGCCAACUUUAGAGCAAAUAGAUAACUUGAUUCAAGUAGAAAAUAAACUUAUUGUAAAUCAUCAAAAAGUUGCUGAAGAAUUGGAGCCUUUGAUCGAAUAUAUUGAUUUUAGGCGAAUAAAAAGAGGACAAAUUGAUUUCAUUGAACCAUUAAAAGUUAUUCCAGCUGAAAUUAUUCAACAUAAUUCGGAAUUAAUUGAUUCAGAUUUAAACAAUAUUCGAGGAAUACCAAUUUAUAGAUUUAAAGAAUCUGAACUUUUUUGGGAUAGGUUAGGAAGUGGAUCAAAAGCUAUUAUUGAGAAUAACGGAAAAGUUGUAUAUGCACCAAAUGAUCUUAAUUCGUGGAGAAUUGUUAGAGCUAAAAUGUUAUUAGAAAAUAAUGGUAUUUAUGAAUGGGAUAUUAUUAUUGAAAAAACUUGUUUCUGGUCUUGGGUUGGAGUAUGUGCAUCAAAAAAUUUUGAUUAUGAAAAUCCUGCAGGAAGGCAAUCUUCUGGAUGGGUAUUAGGUACCAAUGGUUAUUGUCGUAAUUAUGAUUAUGAAACAUACUACUGUCCGUCAUUUCACGAAGAUGGUGCAAGAAUUACAGUUCAUUUAGAUAUGAAUAAAAGAACUU